AUGAUGAGACGAGCAAUAGUAUUGUGUCGAUAUGCAGUCACUCAUGCCGAUUUACAAUUGCAUGCAGUUUUUGUAAGAUCAUUUGCAACCAAAGGGGAGGAUAUAAAGAAAAAAAUGGAUCCAAAGCAUGUUGUGCAUUAUGAUGAAAUUUUGAAAGUUAUUCAUCAACCAAGGAAGGUACUCAUUGAUGUCCGUAACCCAGAUGAGGUAGACACUACUGGAAUGAUUCCAACAAGCAUCAAUAUACCAUUGCCUCACGUAAAAGAUGCCUUAGUUUCGAUGUCUAAUGAAGAUUUCCGCAAGACGUACAAACGUGACAAACCCUCAGAGGAUGAUGAAAUCAUCUUCUAUUGUAGAUCAGGAAAGCGAUCUCAGGAGGCUUUAGACCAGGCUCUGAAAUUAGGAUACAGCAACUCCAAAACUUAUCUAGGAAGCUGGAACGAAUGGUCUAGUAAACAGAAGUAA